AUGUCCCAUCUUGAAGGUGACAUUGAUGACGGGAGCUAUGAAGGGUCAACCCUCGGCUCUCUCCCCCAGGACCCCGCCCCCUCGGCUGCCGUCGCUCACCUAUUGGCCAGCUUUUCUCUGGAAGACUCAUCAGCGGCAGCAGACGUUGCCAGGAAGCAGCCGGCCUUCUCCUCAAUACUCACCAUGCUGGCCAGCAUGGUCCAGAGGCCCCAGACUGUAGUGCAUUCUCCACCCUCAGCAUCCACCUCCAGCAACGACAUCCAAGCCGACCAAUGGCCUUCAGAGAAUCAGACUGGAGAGGUCCCACCUUCAUCUUCAGUUCCCGCAGCAACAGGCGUCCCCUCUUCAAGCUCAGAGGAAACAACAAUGAACAAGACCUCUACAGCCAUCGUGUCCCCUCUCACAGCUUCCAAAGAAGCAGAGGUUGCAAACACAAAGAAUGCUACCAGCUCACCCCCUUCUCGUGUGAGAUAUACCUCCGUACCCAGCAAGCCCGAAACCACAACCGCAACCACCACCACCACCUCCACCAUUCUCACCACUCAGGAAUCUGUAAGAACCACCACUCCUCAGUCUACAAGUGUCACCAGCAUGACCACGACCACUGAGGUCACAAGGCCCACAACCACUGCGACGCCACGGCCUACCACGGUCGCACGGACGACGCAGACCCAGACCGAGACCACGACCACAGAGAGAACAACCACGACCACGGCCAGAAUGUCAACAACUGUUCUGACUCCCACGUUCAGAGCCACUACGCAGACAUACAAAACGCCCCCUCCUGGAAGGAGCGGAGCUGGACUCAAUCCCACCUCCACCCCCAAGGUUCCUCCGCUGCAGUGUAACAUCUCAGAGAGGCUCUGGGUGAAAACAGUUUUGUCGAUACAUCAAAGGAGAAACCGGCUUGAAAGCACACUGAGACAGAAUCUCCCCAAAGCCCUCACACAGGUCCUGCAGAAGGCUCUCAAUGACAGCAGUGUCCGUGCACAGAUGGAGAAGCUGCUGGUGGGCUCCAACGUGACCGUGGGGUACUACGCGGUGAGCGGCUCCACGGUCUACAUAGCCUCUGUGGUGGUGGAGGCUCUCAGCAUGUACGGAGUUGGCAAGAUGAUGGCGGACAUGAGGCAGUUUGGGCUGGCGGUGCAGGCCCUGCCCAUUCACGUCACCCCCUGGGUGCCCACCCCAGCCAUCUCUCCUCGCCUCAGUACAGUCCUCAGGUUUGUGGGUCCAGGAGACAAUAUAAAGUCCUGCAGCUUUGCUCAGAUGAUGGAGAAGAGGCUGGAGAAUGCUUUUGCGGAGGCAGAGUCCAAAGUGCUGAACACCCACAGCAGACUCUCAGUUCAGAUUCUGAGUGCCUCCCAGUUGCCGGGCUCUCCCUCUGUGUCCCUGACCUAUGUGGUGUGGAACGGGAGCACCCUUCUGAAUGGCACGGCUUCCAGCAACCUCCUCAACCAACUCACGGCUGAGCUGGUGGGGUACUUCCUCUACUUCCCCCCCCUCGUCAUCGCUGAGCCGUUGGAGUAUCACAACCUCAACACUUCUGCUGCAACCAGAGACUACUGGGUUAUCACAGUGAUUCAGGAUGUGGACAGCUCGUCCUUGGAAGGGAAUUAUCAGAGCUUCGCCAGCCUGAUGGAGCAGCGCUUGGCUGAGGGCUUCAUCGUGGCCCACCAGGAGGGGUCAAGGUUCCGGAGGGCGGCUACCAUAGGAAGUUACACCGUCCAGAUGGUCGGCAUUAGGAGAGUGCCUGGCCCGAAGAACUCAGCUGAAAUGACCUACUAUGCCCUGCUGAAUGGCUUCCCCUUAUCUGGCUCCUCUGCGGCCAAGAUCCUCAACACAGUGGACUCCCAGACCAUGGCCCUUACUCUGGGUUACUUCAUCCAGCUCCAAGCUGAACCCGUGGUGAAGAACCCGCCCAACAACCUUUGGAUAAUCGCCGCGGUGCUGGCGCCCAUCGCCGUGGUGACGGUCAUCAUCAUCAUCAUCACCGCCGUCCUGUGCAGGAAGAACAAAGGCGACUUCAAGACAGACGCCAUGGGCAACCUCAACCCCCGCGCAAAGACUUCCUACCGGAGGGAGGCCAGUUAUUACCACCAGCCGGUGCAAGGCUUUGACUAUGCCAAGCAACACCUUGGCCAGCAGGGCGGCGAUGAAGAGGCCCUGCCUGUUACACAGGAGACCAUGGUCCUGCCCCUUCCCAUCCGAGAUGCCCCUCUGACACAAGAGAGGGGGAUGCACCUGGACGGUAGCGGCUCCAAAAAGACGCUGUCCGGCGAUAUUCGCAAAAGCAGGUUGCCUAGCGAGGACGGUUCCCUCGUCAGCAACGAAUCAGGGAAGAUGCACUCGGGCAGGGGCUCGACGGUACAGAAAGUUCCGGCGCAGCAGAAAAUGGCAAAGGAGGAGUCGCGCACAAGAAGCGAUCCCUACGACUCCUCAUCAGGCUCCCUGCAGCUCAUUUCCAUUAAGCCCAUGACGGCCAUGCCCUACUCACACCCGGCUUCCUCUGACCGAAGCCAGGACUCUGCCAUCCACAAUGGGGAGGUAAACAUGGCCCUGAAGCAGAAGUCGGACAUCGAGCACUACAGGAACAAGCUGCGGCUCAAAGCCAAGCGGAAGGGUUACGACUUCCCCGCCAUCGACACCAGCAACAAGUCAUACACGCACCGGCAGAGACACGGCCACGACGCGGCACACAUGGAGCUGAGCAAGGCCCCGGACCCUGAAGAGGAGAGGGCCUCCACCUACGUCAAAUCCAGGAGGAGACACCCCCAGAUGAGUAAACCGGCCUGCCGAAGCCGACAGUCUCUGAACAGCCCCAGUCCGGGCGGAACCGAAAUGGACCUGCUCGUCAUGAGGGAGAGGCCCAGGAGGGGAAUCCGCAACAGUGGCUAUGAUACGGAGCCAGAGCUGAUCGAGGAGACCAACGUGGACCGGCUGACGGGCUCCAAAGGUUAUGCUAGCGGGCGGCAGGUCAAAGGUCACUCGGAGACGUCCACUCUGAGCUCGCAGCCCUCCAUCGACGAGGUGCGGCAGCAGAUGCACCUCCUCCUGGAGGAGGCCUUCAGCCUGGCCUCCGCCGGCCGCUCCACACACGGCCACCCCCAAUACCACCACCUCCACGGCCCCUACAGCCCAGGACAGGCCCUGCCCUACUCAGACAUGGUCACCAGUGCCCCUGGCACCAUGAACAGGCCCCAUGGCGGGCUGCAGUGGGUGCCAGCAUAUGGACCGGAUGUGUACCAGUGCAGCCUGCCCAAACCUGCCUUCCGGUUCACUCAGCUUCCCGACAUGGCUGUGGGGUCCUCGCCGCCCCCAAUACCCCCAAGAACAGGCCCUGCUUCUGGAGCAGCCCUGGGGCGCUCCACUUCUGACAUGGGCCCCAAGGCCAGGACCUCAGAGUCCUCCAUCCCUGAGACACACAGCCAGCGCAACACCGCCCCCUAUGUGCCAGUCACUAGAGCGCCCCUUCCUCCUGUCACAACGGACCAGUCCGUCUCAAACUACUCAGGAAACCCAAUAACAGCAGUGUACGCCAUACCAGCCAGCCGGGGCGGUUACUCGGGCUACUUUGUUCCCACGCCGCCCUCCUCCUACCGGAGCCCCUCCUGGAUGUCCUACCCCCCAGAGCCGGAGGACGUGCCGCACCAGUGGGCCGACUCUGUGCCCCUGCCGGGGUAUGCAGAGGCCUUCCCUCACCCCCAGUACCCGCGGGGAAGCCCCCUGGUGCUCCCGCGUCAGUACAGCCAGGCAUCCUCCACACGCAGCGGGCCGGAGCCUCCCCCCACGCCCUCCACCGCCGCGUCUCAGCAGAGCCUGACGGAGACGGCUGAGACCCCCGACACCUCCCUCAGCAGCAUCUCCACCACCGCCCUGGUCAAGGCCAUCCGGGAGGAGGUGGCCAAGCUGGCCAAGAAGCAGACCAACAUAUUCGAUUUCCAGGUCUAAUGCUCCCCCCUCCCCCCCCGGGACUUGAAGGCCGUACGACGUGUGUGUGUACCGUGACGCUGGAGACCUGACUUGCGUUCAAGAUGGCUAAUGUUCGCCAACAUAUUUUUUUAAAAAUUCCGUUUGGCGCUAAUGUUAGCGAACGUUAGCUCACAGUUUUAAAAGUAGUGCCCAGCAAACAAAAAUGGUUGUUGACAGGGAAAACGCAGACAGAACAAAAGUCUACAAUUAGAUAGUUGGCUGUUACGAUACAGCCAUACAGAUACAGAUGGACAACGUUUGCUAACAUUAAAAAAAAAGAACAAUUUUGUUUGGCGCUAAUGUUAGCUAACGUUAGCUCACAGCUUGAAAAGUAGUGCCCAGCGAACAAAAAUGGCUGUUGAUGGGGAAAACGCAGAGAGAACAAACGUUUACAAUUAGAUAGUCGGCUGUUAUGAUACAGUCAUUCCGAUACAGACAGCUAACGUGUGCCAACAUAUUCAAAUUUUAAUGUUUGCUGUCUUGAACGCACAUCAGGUUUAUGGCCCAAGGUGGGCAAAUGCUUCUUGAUUUUUAUGUUUGUCUCAAUUUGUCUUUCAGUUUUUUGUCGUUUUGGCUUUUUGGAUAAUUUCCACUGGUUCAUUGUAUAUUUCUCAUUGAAAGGCUAAAUGUUAAACACACUCUUAUACAUCGAAUGUAGAGGUCCUAAGAUGGGACUAGGCACUAUUAGGAACAUUGGUAACGGUACGGCAUUUAAUUAAUGCAAGCAGUGAGCCUUUUGGCCAAAACAUCAUUAGCAAUAGCAUCAUGAGCAUUGUCAUCAACAUCAGCAUGAUGUAAAGUACAUAAAACAUGGGAAUAAGCUUGAACAAUGUGAUUGUAUAUUUGGUAUAAAUACACCCAGUGAUAAAUCCCUCACCAGGCCAUAUACACACGUAUAUAAGACCUCACACAUCGGCAGUGAAUAGAACUACAUCACUGUCACUUUGUCUCUGCAGUCCCCCUGAGUGACAAUGAAAGCAGUUUUGCACCAUAGAUAUAUACAUAGUAUAGUAUAUCUUUGAGUCUGGAGUUAACUUUUUCAUUCAUACUGCUACACCAACAUUCACAGUUUCAAAUUCCCGAAAGUUUGUUCAAAUUAACCCAAAUUGAAGAUGUGCACUAUAAUAUGUUUACUUUCAUAUUUGUGGAGAAUUGAGGAAUGGUUCCUGAACAUGACAUAAUUAAUGUCUCUAGAAAUUCCAGUAUCCAUAAUUGCUGCUAUUGUGGUGAUAUACAUGACAGCUAAUCAAAGGCCUUUUCUUUCAGUCAUAUACAAUUGAAUGAUAAUAUUUUCAAGUCCAUUUUGUUACGGAGCAUAAUCAUCUGUUGCAUAUGUAUUUUAAAGUGAUUGGCAUGUAUUUAUCAAAGACGAAUGCUUCUGCUGCAUGUAACCCUUGGAUAUUUGACAUAAGGGCCUUUUGUAUGUAAGGGGGUGGGAAUCGAAAAAAACUGGAAGGCCACUGAACUGGUAAAGCUACUGAGCUCCAUCCAUAGUGAAACUAUAUUCAGAAAUGUGGAUUCAUUACACUGAAUUGUGAAUGUCCUUUGUAUGAAUAUAUUUUUUAUGUUAAUGCACUGGAACGUAUAAUGGAAAAUCAUUGAAUGCACUUUAUCAUUUGAAAGCAUUGAUAACGAUAUUGAAAUGAAAGUUAGAGCUAGGUAAUACAUUCAGGAGUGAAGGUGUUGGUCAUUUGAUUCUUGAGUGGAAUGACACAGACAGUUCCUGGUAUAAAACACCAGACCUCAAAUAUCAAAGUGAAUGUUAUGCAAUUGUCAGAUAAAAUGUGAAAAACUAAAAAAUGCAAUUUUUUUGAAUUAAAUAAUGUAUGCAGAAAUUAGAAAUGCAUAGCAUUUUGGUUGGGAAGUACCCAGAUUUGAAAAAUAUCUGCAUAUUAGCACAACUGUAGUUCGACUAACUGUUCAUGGUUCAGUAUGUUUACAAUACAUAGCCUACUUUCAAUAAACAUUAAAAAAGAUAAAUAGACAUUUAUGGUCAGAGCCACCUGCAACACAUCGUUCCCCUCUCUGAGAAACGUGCACUUGGCUCUUAGGUUUACCUGGCACUGACAUCAGCCAGGUGUAGGCUGCAUAUGCCAUUCCCGGUUACUGAAGCUACAGGCCAGUUUAUAUUUAGCACAGUCCACUCUCCUACCCAAAAUAUAGACAGCUAGCUACAUCUACCUUUUAGUUAAGAUGUUUGACUGCUCGAUUGGGGCAAACUGCAUAUUGCAGUUGCAGUAUAGGACUGUUUCCAUAGAAACGCUCACUAUCACAACAAGAAGGUGGUUGCCAGUGGCCCUGUGCUGUGUUUAAAAUUGAUAAAUAUAAAUAAAUGUAUGGAAUUACAUGGUUUUAUAAUGUGUCAUUUUAUAAUUUUAUUUAGAAAGUGGGACUCUCUGUGUCCUAGAGGGAUGUUCCUGCACAAUAGACUGGAACAGGUAUUCACCCUAGAUAUCAAUGGAGCCAUGAACUCAUGAGCUUGCAAAUGAAAUAUUUACUUUGCUAUGGUCUAGACUGAGCAGGAAGAAGUGUGCAUGGCAAUCCAAAUUGUUUAAAAUGUUACCUUCUUUUGCCAUCACCAAAGUCUGCAGAAUACCUCGCCUAAAUCUUUGGACUUCCCUUUAUAAUGUGGUUUAAGGCCAACAUACUGCCACACUGAAGAUGUUGCGAUGUUUUUUAGUUUUUUUUGCAAUUCAAUCUUGGGCCUCUAUCUUCCUCUGUACUCCUGUCUAAUGCGCUAGCCAAUGGGAUCAUUUGAGACAUGUAACAUGUUCAUAAGCAGUGCCAGUACUUUAAAAAGGGAUGCUGUCUAAUGGAAUGCCUUCAGUAUUCAUAGAUACAGUCUAAAACGGUACACUAAUAGUCUGGGCAGAGGCCUACCAUGGUAUAUGGUGUUACCUGACCAUAUAGGUCCAACUCUGCAUUGCAGUUUAUAUGACGGAAUAUCCAAUUGUGUCAAAUAUAUGGGCCUACUGAUUAAUUAUAAACAUACCAUCAACAACAUAAUAAGUGCAAUUUGUGGUUGAAAAUCCAGAUGCAUUUCACAAGUCCGUUUCUUUCUGACAUCAGUACAUUUGUAACAGUUUGAUUCACAAUCUACUUUUGUCAAUUUUUGAAAAUAGCCACUCAAGUAAUUUUCAGCUUGGGCUGAUCUCAGUGUGUAUCUAAAAUCUCUAGCCAAACAUGAUUGAACAAUGAAUAAUGUCUCUUCUCAGUCAGCUACAGUUCAAAUAAAUAAAUAGAAAAGACUGCACAAGUGUAAUAUACUGUACAUCAGACAACCAGCCAACAGAUGCCUGCAUAUCCUUGUCUGUUGCAUUUUCUUAUGUACAUGCUUUCUAAUCAUAGUCAUAUUUUCUUUUAAGUGCAAUAAAUGAUAUUUGUCACUAAUUUUGGGAGAUGAACACUGGACCCAAACCCAGAAAGUGUACUGUAUAUAUAUAUGUAUAAUUGUACAGCUUUACAUUCAGUGUUUUAAUGUUUAAUCUCGGUUUCUGGCAUUCUUUUUUGCUGAUGUAUUGAAACCUGCAUUGAUGAUGUCAGAUGCUUAUGAUGAUGAUUCCUGUAUCUGAUUUGUUUUACAGUUGUCGACCAAAUUCACGUGUAAAAAUGAACAUGUUCGCAUUGUACUGUUUCAAAAAGAAUAAUCAUUGGAAAAAAGAUAAAGGAUUUGAAAUCAAAAGAAGGAUCCUAAUAAAAGUGUUGGUAUGAGUGUA